CACGCAUUGCCAGUCCACACUAUCCUGGCGAUCAGGCCGCUCGCCAAAAACCGGUACGAUGGUGCAGCCCUAGUGUAGCGGCCCGCGCAGAAAAAUUAAAAACAAACUGUUAUUUUUCUGAGCUUGGUGUCUGAAAUACGGCCAAGAAAAUUUAAAAAUUAAUGAUUCUAAUUUCAAAUCAGAAUGGCGAGGAUAGUUUGAAGUUGCGUGAUUCCUGAAGAGAAUCUGUGACUUUUGUGCUGAUGACGUUGGAUCAGCUCUACCCACAAUGAAAUCCCGCAACAUGAAAAAACACGGUGCGAAUGCAAGGACGAUAUUGUGACAGUGCAAUUCGGACUUUUAACCAUGGCCGCAGAGCCCAGUUCCUACGAGUUGGAGAUACGAACCGAGGAGAAAGAAAAACCCAAACCAGCCUCGGGAAAAAUCUUUUAUAACCCAGGAGUUAUUGAGGAGGAGACAGAUGAAACCAGCGUGUUUGACAGCUCGAUGGUGGAGUCUCCGAUGCUCGGGGCUGGGUUUAGAGGCAGCGGGUUCCUCAGGCCGCCGCUGACGUUGCAUGCUUCGAACAGUCUACAUAGGAUCCCGACUUACAGCAGCUCCAUUGGGCAGAGCACUGUUUAUAGACAGGAUACAUGCAGGAGCCGGUCACACAGGCACGGCGCUACGCGGAGGACGAGGCGGCGAGCCAUCCUUAAAAAUGGAGAGUGCAAUAUUCUCAAGUCAAAGAUCUCGCAACGGCGACUGCGAUUCCUACAAGAUAUGUUCACCACCUUAGUGGACGCACAAUGGCGAUGGACUCUGCUCGUUUUCACACUAUCCUUCAUCCUUUCCUGGCUUGGAUUCGCAUUAAUCUGGUGGCUAAUUGCAUUCACACACGGAGACUUAGAAGAAAACCACCUCCCGCCCAACCAAGAAAGCUCAGACUGGAAACCGUGUGUGUUCAACAUUUAUGAUUUUACAUCGUGCUUCCUAUUUAGCAUUGAAACCCAACAUACUAUCGGCUACGGAUCUCGUACGACUACCGAAGAGUGUCCGGAAGCGAUAUUUAUUAUGUGUCUUCAAAGUAUUGUGGGUGUUAUGAUUCAAGCUUUCAUGGUUGGUAUUGUGUUUGCUAAAAUGACGCGACCGAAGCACAGAACACAGACUCUUCUGUUCUCGAAAUACGCGGUCGUUUGUCAGAGAGAUGGAGAGUUAUGCUUAAUGUUCAGAGUGGGUGAUCUCAGGAAGUCGCAUAUUAUUGGUGCCAGUGUGAGAGCACAACUAAUUCGAUCGAGAACCACCAAGGAGGGUGAGGUGUUGUCUCAUUAUCAAACAGAAUUAGAAUUGAACGCCGACGGAUGCGACAGUAAUCUGUUCUUUAUCUGGCCGAUCACUAUGGUGCACCGAAUAAAUGCGGAGAGUCCGUUUUACGGUGUGUCGGCAGCGGAUGUGUUACAGGAGAGAUUCGAAAUAGUAGUUAUUUUAGAAGGUACGAUUGAAUCGACGGGACAGACAACGCAAGCCCGUUCUAGUUACACGACUAGUGAAAUCAUGUGGGGGCACAGAUUUGCGCCGCUAGUGACGUAUAACCGCGAGCGUCAGGGCUACGAGGUGGACUACUCUAAGUUCGAGGAGACGAUGCAGGUGGAUACUCCGCUUUGCUCCGCCAAAGAGCUGGACGAGUUCUACGGCAGCCAGACUGAUCGCCGAUCUAUCGAAAACGCGGAACCCCUUGUCCUGAAGAUGCCCGAGCGAACCCCGACGGAACCUAAAGCCGAACACAAAGAUGGAGAUUACACUGUCACACUUUAAAACUUUUAUGUUAUUUCGAUGUAUUCCUAUUUGUCCCCGCCUCAUCAAUGGCGGCGGUCAUGUGGGGCUGGGACGAAUGGGAAUACUUAACUACACCGUUAUUUCAAAAUGUUACAUGGGUAUGAUAGCUGAAAAACACAGGUAUAUCGAUUUUAAUAACAGGUUAUGAAUUCGAUCUGGAGUAGUUAUGGAUCUGAUCUGACAGUGUCAAAAGUGACAUUUUUUGUUGCAGAAAUGAUUCAGAUCUAAUUCAUAACCUGUUAUUAAAAACAGAAUACGCUUGACAGUCAUUUCUCUUAUUUAUUUUAUCUUCCAAUAUUAUUCCGAAAAUAUCCCCUAGUCAAAUUUAGGUUAAAUAAAAUGUAAAAAAAUGAAUCUCAAAUAUCCUACAAAUCACGAGUUCAAUACUUCCAACAUUCCAUUUACCUGUUUAAGAUUUAAGUAAGAAUAUAAAAUAUUGAAAUGUUGUAUACGUUUGUGCAAUUAUUUAAGUUAAUUUGUGUAUGUGUAGUUCAUGCAUUUCGUCAUAGUUUUAUGCAGACGGCUGUACAGUAAUAUUAUGUGCCUGUCUACUUAUGAUGAAGAUAUUGUAUAUAAAUAGAUGAGAUUGAACAUUCUAAAUGUAUGUUGUAAAGUU